AUGACGUACAGUGGCCUCUUCCCCUUUGUGCUUCUUGCCCUGGGAACCCUGGCACCUUGGGCUGUGGAAGGUAGUGUAAAUGCUUUGAAAGCUGGAGCCUGCCCUACCAGAAAAUCUGCCCAGUGCCUUAGAUAUGAGAAACCCGAGUGCAAGAAUGACUGGCAGUGUCCAGAGAAGAAGAUAUGUUGCCCUGAUACUUGCAGAAUCAAAUGCAUGGAUCCUGUCUUAACCUUGAACCCAGUUGAGGAGAAGGCUGGGAAGUGUCCAGUGGUCGACAGUCAAUGUCUGAUGUUUAACCCCCCCAAUAACUGUGAGAAAGACGGCGAGUGCUUGGGUACAUUAAAGUGCUGCAAGGGCACGUGUGGAAAAGCCUGCAUUUCCCCUGUGAAAGGUAAGGAGGGGCUGGGGCAGGCUGACCUCCUUCCCUCCGGCUCUCUCAGUCUCAACCCUCUGGAGUUCCAGGCAUAUAAACAGGGGGACUCCUGA